CGAGAAGGCUGACUUCAUUCGCUAUUAGUGUCUUUUGGGUGCUCGAAAAUUACAAGCACGAUCCAGACGCCGUGAGAAGUAAUGGAAGACGACCUUACUGACUCGCUAGAAGGACAGGAAUCGCAGGAUCGUGGAGAAUCAAGUUCUAGUUCAGGACAAGAGCUCGAGAAAUCGGAGUCAGGACAAGAACUGACGGAAUCAAGCGUAAAGUCGGGACAGGAAUCCGAAAAUCUGGACCUAGGACGCCAAUCCUUCACGCCAGAAUCAGGACAAGGGCCACCGGAAUCGAUUUCAGAACAAGAACUCGAGGAGUCAAGCUCAAAUUCAGGACGAGAGCUCGAAAAACAGGACUUGGAACAGCAGUCCUUCAAAGAGCCACAACAGGAGCCAAAGGAAUCAAGUUCAGAACUAUUUGACGGGGAAUCAAGCCUAAACGCAAGACAAGGGCAAGAAGACUUGGACUUAGACUUCGAGCUGACGGAACCAAGUUCAGAACGGGAUUUCAAGGAAGCACGGUCGAACUCAGGACAAGAAAAGCACGAGGAAUCCGAGGAGCCCAAUGAGUCGGUGCCAGAGCCGUCACCGAUUCCCGAGUCCAACGACUCGGGUGAGAUUCUUUCUCUAUGCAAAGCGUUGGAAGCAUUCAGGAUACCUCCUCCGUGUUCGUCCUUCCACGCUUCCCUGGGCAAAGCUCAUUUUAUAGCAGCGGGAGGCUCAAAACGGACGGCUGGGAGCAAUAAUGUCGCAUCGUCAAGUACGCAAGAAAGGACGUUUACCAGGGUUUGUAGUACACCACGCUAGGAUGGGAACAAUGUACGUUGCUGUCUCACCGGUUGACAGAGGCUUACUUUCGGGAAAUAGUCAUUCUCCUGAUAUCUUUCCCGCGCAAACCAAGAAAAGACUUGGCAGGGUAAAGACGUUUGAGGGAGGAACUAGUGAGGAGGUACCGCACCCGUCGAGGUUCCCGGUC